GUUCGAGUGUAUCUUUGCGCGUCGUUUUGUGAACCCCGUAGUCUCCAAUCACGUUGACGUCUGUCGCCAUUUCCUCGUGCGGAGGAGCCCGUCCGUUUAUUUUGUAAGCUAUGGCAGAAGGAAAUGGGGAAAUAAAAACAAUGGAAGAAAAACAAGAAAUGGAAAAUGUAGAACGAACAGAAGAUUUUAAUAAACUUAUCCAAUAUGGACUAGAUGAAAAAGUGGCUGCUAAAUUGGAUGAGAUUUAUAAAACAGGAAAAUUGGCUCAUAUUGACCUGGAUGAAAGAGCUCUUGAUGCCUUGAAGGAAUUCCCAGUUGAUGGUGCAUUAAAUGUUCUUACACAAUUUCUAGAAUCUAAUCUGGAACAUGUAUCUAAUAAAUCAGCAUAUCUUUGUGGAGUAAUGAAGACGUACAGACAGAAGAGUCGUGCUGGUCAAGGUACAGGCACAAGCACGACACCAAAAGCUCCAGAUGAGGAUAAAAUCAAAUUGAUUUUAGAAAGAACGGGAUAUCCUUUAGAUGUAACUACUGGACAAAGAAAAUAUGGUGGUCCGCCACCAAAUUGGGAAGGUCCAACUCCUGGCACUGGUUGUGAGGUAUUUUGUGGCAAAAUCCCUAAAGACAUGUACGAAGACGAAUUAAUACCAUUAUUUGAAAAAUGUGGAAAAAUUUGGGACUUGAGACUGAUGAUGGACCCCAUGUCAGGUUCCAACAGAGGAUACGCGUUUAUCACGUUUACUAAUAGAGAAGCUGCGCAGCAAGCUGUUCGAGAGCUGAAUGAUUAUGAGAUUCGGAAAGGGAAAAAGAUUGGUGUUACCGUAUCUUAUAACAAUCAUCGCUUGUUUGUGGGAAAUAUUCCAAAGAAUCGAGACCGAGAUGACUUGUUCGAAGAGUUUACAAAGCACGCACCUGGCCUGACAGAAGUGAUUAUCUAUAGUUCACCAGAUGACAAAAAGAAGAAUAGAGGUUUCUGCUUUUUGGAAUAUGAAUCUCACAAAGCAGCUUCUUUAGCCAAGCGAAGGUUGAGUACUGGACGUAUCAAAGUUUGGGGAUGUGAUAUUAUUGUUGAUUGGGCUGAUCCUCAAGAGGAGCCAGAUGAACAAACCAUGUCCAAAGUACGUGUGCUUUACGUACGAAAUUUGACACAAGAUUGUUCUGAAGACAAAUUGAAGGAAAGUUUCGAACAAUAUGGCAAAAUUGAGCGAGUGAAAAAAAUCAAGGAUUAUGCUUUUAUACACUUUGAAGAUAGAGAUAAUGCUGUUAAAGCAAUGAAUGAAUUAAAUGGUAAAGAAAUGGGUGGAUCUCACAUAGAAGUUUCGUUGGCAAAACCACCAUCCGAUAAGAAAAAGAAAGAAGAGAUGCUGCGAGCCAGGGAAAGACGAAUGAUGCAAAUGUUACAGGGUAGAGGCGGUGGAUCUCCGUCUCAUCCAAGCAUGAUGGGAGGACCAAUGCCAGUUCGUGGACCUACACAAGGACCUCGAGGAACCAGCGCAGGUAUGCGUGGACAAAUGGGACGAGGCGAUUAUGCUCUCCAGGAAGUAGAUUAUGAUUACGACUAUUACGGUUAUGGGGAUUAUCGAGGUGGCUACAGUGAUCCCUAUUACGAUGACUAUUAUCGAUAUGAAGAUUACUAUUUCGAUUAUGCGCCGCCUCCGCCGCCUGCCAGAGGGAGAGGCAGGCAGCCUCAACCGGCUGGUCGUGGCCGUGGAGUAGUGCCACGUGGCCGAAUCGGUGGCCCGCAAGCCCGUGGGCCAGUCAGGGGGGGACGCAACCCCGCAGCUUCAGGGGCCCGUGGGGUCCAGCGACUGGCCGCUCGUGGGGGGGUCCGCGCCAAGGGAAGUUUACCAGGUGAGGAUGCAGGUAAACGAAAAUUUGAUGGGGGUCACCAGAACCAGGGGGAAUCUAAGCGUCGCUUCCAGAGCAAUUGGGGAAACCAGCCCCUUGCCCAACAACCAUUGGGCAAUGCAUAUGGAUUGGCGAGUGUAAAUGGUGGCAGUGGUGGUGGUGGCGGUGACAUAAGUUUUGGAGGCAGAGCCAGCACACUUGGCGGUGUUUCCGGUGAUGAUCACGAAUGGUAUCAAGACUCCUACCAAUCAUGGAGCUAACUUCUACAACCCUACGAGUGAUGAAAAAAUCACAUGAAUAAGUAUAUGAUGAAUGAAAAAUAAAAAUAUAUAAGACAAGGAGAAAGAGAUAAGAUAAAAUCAGAUUGGUUGAAUGUAUAGAGAGAGGAGGGGGGGGGGAAUAGAGAUAAAUAGGAGAAAGAAGGAAACUUAAAACGAAAUGAAAGAAGAAUCAUCCAUUUGUAUUAUUAUCGCUCUUAAUCGAAUUCAAAUGAUUGUAAAUGUUUUUUCAUAUUUAAUGAUACGCAGCAACUAUCUUCUGCGUUACCACCAUUGCCCACUGUUGUUGUGAUUAUGUACAGUGAUGUGCCACUGAGACUAUUAUGUCGGAGUGUGACCACCCACCCACCCCGUACUAUUCUUAUUAUUAUUAUUAUGAUAAUAUUAAUCUAAGUACCACUACUGCAUUGUCACAUUGUUUACUGCCAAGUGAUGAAGAUUAGCGAUGUUGACAUAGGGAUUGUGAUGGCUUGUAUUAGUUAAAAGAAUUCAGGGAAGCCGGCGGUUUAUUAUGCAAUGAUUAGAUGUUUUGAAUCUAUAUGACAAAGUAUGCGUGCUUAGGUAGGUUAAAGGAUGAAGUAAAUAGCGUAAGAAAAAAAUAAAAAAGUUACAAAUGAACAAUAGAUGGAAAAUGGAAGUCCAAUCUUGAAAAAGUAGAAAAUGUAAUAAGCUUGUAGACAAGCAGAAGGCAUAGGGCGAGAAUGUGAUAUUUAGUAAGUAUGCAAGAAAUGAAAAGGGAAGAGAGAGAAGGGAGGAAGGAAAAGGAAGAACGAAUAUAUUAGAAUGCAUGUUUGUAAGAGAAGAAAAAGAAAGAUAAUUUCUAAGCGAAAGGUGUCUAUUUGAAUGUGGAGCACGUCAUACGUGCUGCAAGACCUUCUAUUGUUGGUCUAUAAAUGUGUACAGUCAGUGAAACUAUUAUUAUUAAGAGUCAGACAAGUUUUGCGAAAAAGGCAAAUGUGAAAUAUUGCAAGCCAAUGGUUUUGCGAAUGUCUCCCAGAUUAGGUUUUGGUUCAGGCGAGGAUUCUAUUGAAUAAGAAAAACGAAAAUGAAAAAAAAGGAUAUUUUGCUCACAAUCGAGAAAAAACCCACUUGUACAGUAAAUUUUUCAAUGACAGUAUCCACGUAGAAAAGCAAACUCGGACUCAAAUUAUAAUAUAUUUAUUUGUUAAUGAGUUUCUUUUUUUUUAUAUUUGAAAAAUUAAAAAAUUGAUCGUUGAAAGGAAAUAUCUAAAAUGAAUCUAUUCCCUUUGAAAGGGAAAUAAAAAGAGAGUGUAUUGUUUUUUCUAAAUUUUAUGUAAAAAGUAAAUUUGUUUCUUGUAUUCUUUUAUAUAUAAAAGAAAGAAAAGUUUUUAAAGAUGACUGAUUACGAAUUUGAUAAUGAUAGUCACAGAUUGAGUAGUAGGAUGUAAAAUGUAAUGUUUACAAAUGCAUGAACACAUACAGCACACAUUUUGAGUGUUGACUUGUUGUUAUUGUUAGUCUGUUAGUUAAUUAGUAAGAGUUGUAAGUGCGGGCUGUAGUUGGUCCCUGUCCCUGGAGCCCAGACACCCCCUGUUCUGGAUGAUUAUUUGAAAAAAGAAAAAGAAGAAAACAUGCAAAUCAUUUGUAUUUUACACGCACCUCAAGAUAUGAAGAUAAAUAUGACGUAAAGACAAAAAA